UGAAACUCCGGGCCAGACAAGCAAACGCCUUCCUAAAGUAUCAAGAACCAUAAUCACAUCUUGAACAGUUAUCACCAACACUAUAACCAUCACAACUACCACCACCACCUCAAAAAAUCCACCAUGGCCCCCAAACGCACCCGCGACGAGACCACCCGCGAAGAAAAGCGACCAUCCGCCGCCGAUGCGCCAGUCAAAAAGCGAAAGGGCUUCUCCGUCGGCCCAGCCAAUCUACCCGAUGGCACUUAUCGUCGCAAAACCCAGAAGAUCAAGUCCGAUUUGAUCCAAAAAGCCAAGGUCAAGAAAGCGUACGCCAAAAUCCGCGACGAAGCGCUGGCGGCGGCGCCGCCCAAGCCCAUCUACACGGCCGAUGAGGAUGAUAACAAGGAGGAAGAAGUCGAGCCCGCGUCCUUGGAACUGCACCCGGACCGCAUGGCGAUGCUGAACGAGCCCGAACCGGAGCCCAAGCCUGCGCAACGAGCGGACAACAACAGCGGCCGCGAUGCGCGGGGGGGCCGUCGGGUCCGGAAACCGAAGCCCUCGGCUUUUGCGAAGGAGAUAGAGCUGGCGGAGAGACGGAAGCAGGAGGCUGAGAGGCGGAGGGAGGAGAGGGAGUUUCGGCAGAAGGACCGGGAGGCUAUGGCCCGGGCCAAGAAGCCGGAUCAGAGUGGGAAGAGGAGACUGGGGAGGGAGAGCACGGUGUUGCUGAGUCGGGUGCAACGCAUGGUUGGGUCGGCUUAAAAACAAACGAGGCAGAGCUUUGGAAAAGGGACGCGAUUCAUGAAGAGGGAGCAAGAAUGGUAAAAAGUUAUGAUACCCGCGAACUUACGAUAAGAGUUCGAAAU